AUGGCACUGAAAAAUGUGAUCCGUUUCAUUUUGGUGCUGGCCCAUGUGAGCAGUUGUCUGGCUCGAUCAGGGAACAUGUUCUCUCCUGGCUUCGUUUCAGCAUCAAAGCCAUUACCAAGCUGGCCAAUUUUGAGUGCAGGAACAUCUGUAACUGUGGCUCUUGUUCUGUCGUUGUUUCUAACCUUUGAGCAUCUGUGUGCAUACCAUCAACCUGAGGAGCAAAAAUUCAUGAUUGGUCUGAUUCUGAUGGUUCCAGUAUAUGCUGUUCAAUCAUUCUUUUCAUUACUGGAUUCGAAUGUCGCAUUCAUCUGUGAACUGAUGCGUGACUGUUACGAGGCAUUUGCCAUGUAUUGUUUUGAGAGAUAUUUGAUAGCAUGCUUAGGUGGGGAGGAAAGUACCAUUAGGUUUAUGGAGGGUCGGCUCCAAAUAAGUGAGAGCUCACCUCUGCUAGAUAUUGAUUAUGAUUAUGGCAUUGUGAAGCAUCCUUUCCCAUUGAGCUGCUUUAUGAGAAAUUGGUACCUUGGUCCCGACUUCUACCAUGCUGUGAAGAUUGGUAUUGUGCAAUAUAUGAUCCUCAAACCUAUCUGUGCUGUCUUGGCAAUUUUCUUUGAACUUCUUGGAAUCUAUGGAGAAGGAAAGUUUGGGUGGAAAUACGGGUAUCCAUAUUUGGCUGUUGUCCUAAAUUUCAGCCAGACAUGGGCAUUAUAUUGUCUUAUACAGUUUUAUACUGCUACCAAGGAGAAGCUGGAACCUAUAAAGCCUCUGUCCAAGUUUCUUACUUUCAAAUCUAUUGUGUUUUUGACCUGGUGGCAGGGUGUUGCUGUUGCGUUUCUUUUCUCAACUGGACUUUUUAAUGGACAUUUGGCACAAAGGUUUCAAACACGUAUCCAGGAUUACAUUAUAUGCCUUGAGAUGGGGGUUGCUGCAGUGGUCCAUUUAAAAGUCUUUCCAGCUAAACCUUACAGCCGUGGGGAAAGAAGUGUUCGCAAUGUGGCUGUCAUGUCUGAUUAUGCAUCACUGGGAGCUCCAGAUCCUGAAGAAAUCGGAGGAGGGAUUGACAGCUUAACAGUCUUGCAAACUCCUGCCACUAAAGACAGGCGGUUGAGUUUUUCUCAGAGUGUUCGUGAUGUUGUGUUGGGCAGCGGUGAAAUCAUGGUUGAUGACGUCAAAUAUACAGUUUCCCAUGUCGUGGAGCCUAUGGAGCGGAGUUUUACAAAGAUAAAUAAGACAAUUCAUCAAAUCUCAGAAAACGUCAAGCAGCUUGAGAAGCAAAAGAGGAAGGCAAAGGAUGACAGUCAUCUUAUUCCCCUAGAACCAUGGUCAGAGGAAUUUUCAGAAGCUCAUGAUCAUGUUGUGGGCGGUAGUGUCAGUGAUAGCGGAUUGGCUAAGACUAGGUACAACAGGAUCUCAAAUAGGCCCCGGAGGUCAUUUGAGUCCAGAUUGCGCAGAUGGUUCUAG